AGCCCAGCAGCAGCUCAGCCCUAGACUGUACAGAAGCCAAGUUGAAGGCUGGGCUCUGAUAACACAAAGCUAUGGUUAAAAUCAAAUGAUAGUUCCGGGUGAAUGUGCUCGUCUGGAUCACAGACAGAAGAGAGAGGGAAAUAGGGCAAGCCGUCCCAAACCAUCAGCCAUGGCCGUCCUGGGCCGAGUGUCUGGGCUGCUCCUGGGGCUGUACGGUAUCCUGCUCCUCGGUCCCGUCGCUGCUGCCCAGAGCGAGGAGCGCGAGUGUGCCUUCAACGACCAACAGCAGCAGUAUGAGGAGCAGCGUGUGGGCGGAGGAGGAGGAGGUGUAGGAGGAGGAGCAGGAGGAGACUGGCCAAUGACCAGAGAGAAUAGUACCAUACGCUGCAGUAAGGGCUCUCGAUGUUAUGGCCUGUGGGAGAAGACUAGAGACGGGAACAUACACCUGGUCAAACAGGGAUGCUGGACUCACAUCGGGGACCAGCAGGAGUGCCAUGACAACCGUUGCGUGGUUACGACCACUCCGUCUCAGAUUCAGAACGGGACGUACAGGUUCUGCUGCUGCAGCACCGACAUGUGUAACGUCAACUUCACCGAGGACUUCCCCCCGCCCAGCCCCACCUCUGCUCAGCCAUACCCGCGGCCACUGUACCGCGAGGAGACCAUCGUGAUCGCCCUGGCGUCUGUCUCCAUAGUAGCGGUGCUGAUCGUGGCGCUGUUCUUCGGGUACCGCAUGUUGAGUGGAGACAGGAAACAGGGACUACACAACAUGGACAUGAUGGAGGCUGCAGCCUCAGAACCCAGCCUCGACCUGGACAGCCUUAAACUACUAGAGUUGAUUGGUCGAGGGCGGUAUGGCUCCGUGUAUAAGGGUUCUCUGGACGAGCGUACCGUAGCGGUCAAGAUGUUCACCUACCAGAACCGGCAGAACUUUGUCAACGAGCGAGCCAUCUACCGUGUCCCCCUGCUGGAGCACGAUAACAUCGCACGCUUCAUCGUCGGAGACGAGAGACUUACAGCCGACGGACGCAUGGAGUACCUACUGGUCAUGGAGUACUACCCUCAUGGUUCUCUGUGUCAGUACCUGAGUCUGCAGACGGGAGACUGGGUCAGCUGUUGCCGCCUCACACACUCUGUCACACGGGGGCUGGCCUACCUUCACACUGAGCUGCUGAGAGGAGACAUCUACAAGCCAGCCGUAUCUCACAGAGACCUGAACAGCAGGAACGUUCUAGUGAAGAAUGAUGGGACGUGUGUGAUCAGUGACUUUGGUCUGUCCAUGAAGCUGACAGGGAACAGACUGGUCAGGCCUGGAGAGGAGGAGAACGCUGCCAUCAGUGAGGUGGGUACAGUCCGCUACAUGGCCCCAGAGGUUCUGGAAGGGGCGGUGAACCUGAGGGACUGCGAGUCGGCUCUGAAGCAGGUGGACAUGUACGCCCUGGGUCUGAUCUACUGGGAGACCUUCAUGAGGUGUACUGACCUCUUCCCAGGGGAGGCGGUGCCUGACUACCAGAUGGCGUUCCAGGCAGAGGCAGGAAACCACCCUUCCUUUGAGGACAUGCAGGUGCUGGUCUCCAGAGAGAAAGAGAGACCCAAGUUCCCCGAGGCCUGGAAAGAGAACAGUCUGGCGGUUCGUUCCCUGAAGGAGACCAUGGAGGACUGUUGGGACCAGGAUGCUGAGGCCAGGCUGACGGCUCAGUGUUCAGAGGAGCGAAUGGCUGAACUCCUGCUGAUCUGGGACCGGACCAAGUCCGUCAGCCCCACGGUUAACCCCAUGACCACCACACUGCAGAACGAGAGGAACCUGUCCCACAGCCGUAGGGGUCCUAAAGUCAGCCCCUACCCAGACUACUCCUCCUCCUCCUACAUCGAGGACCACGAGGGUCACGUGGUGAAGAAUCUUCCCGGUGGGGACACCUCUGUAUCGGGGACCUCUUCCGUCGGCGUCCCUGGUGGAACCAGCAGUGCCCCCGCAGGCCCGGAGAAGAACCGAAACUCCAUCAACGCCGAGCGUCAACAGGCGCAAGCCCGUCUGCCCAGCCCGGAGAGCAGCGGCGCCAGCCUCUCCACCACCACGGGGCUGACACCCAACACCGUCAUGACCACCAUCUCUGAGUCGGGUCAAGGGGAGGACUCAUCCGGUCCACUUGGUGGCGCUGUGCUGGGGCUGGCGGUGCCGGUGUGUCUGCAGCUGACCCAGGAAGACUUGGAGACCACCAAACUGGACCCUAAAGAGGUAGACAAGAACCUGAAGGAGUCUUCUGAUGAGAACCUUAUGGAGCACAGCCAGAAACAGUUCUCUGCUCCAGACACCCUCAGCUGUAGGUCUUCCUCCCUGCUCUACCCUCUCAUCAAGCUGGCUGAGGAGGUGACUGGGACCGAGCCGGGGCCCAGGGAGGGUCUGGGAACGGGGCCAGUGGGAUGGGGGACCCUCCAGCUACUAUGUUCCCCCUGCCCAAACAGCAGAACCUCCCCAAGAGACCCACCAGCCUACCGCUCAACACCAAGGUCAAGGAAGGUUCUGGUUCCUCCAGGUUGAAGUCUGGGAAACACCGGUCCAAUCUGAAGCAGGUCGAGACGGGCGUGGCCAAGAUGAACACGGUCGCUCCAGCGGCAGAACCACGCCUUGUUAACGUUACCAACAACGGGCCGCCAACAGCCGUAGGAAACGGGGUGCGGAGCGGCGUGAGCGUCGUGGUCGUCAACGGUUACCUGAACGGAGGCUUGGCCUCUUCAUCUGGAGGCGGGGCUCCUUACGGGACUACCAAUCCGGCGGGCCCCCAGGGGGAGUUGGGCGGAGCGACACCCUUGUUGUUACAGAGCCAGCUCAGCGGAGA